GUGGCAUGGAGAGCAGCAUGCAUGAGUGCAACUCUACAUGCCUGACAGGCCACUGAAGCACAACCACUACAGAAGCUGGACACACAGAAAAGUCCACAACCUGCUGCUUCAUGUAUGGAUCGCCAUCACUGCUUCCACAAUUGCAUCUGAAAGUGGAACACUGGAAAGCUUUGGGGAAGUAGCAUCAAAAAUUUUUUGUGACAAGAUACAGGACUUCUGUAACAAACUUACUGGAUUUUUUUGGACCAAAUCACAAAGAACAGCAACAGGUAAACUUUUGCCAAGGUUUUGCCAAAAGUAAUUGCAUCUCUAUGGACUUUUUUUUGCACAAGCAUCAGAAAAGACAGCAGAAGCCGGAGCAGAAGAGGUCAGAUUCUGGAUCUUCUCUGAUUCUCACCAUCUGUUUUAAUCAGUUUAAUAAAUUUUUUCCGGACCUCCUUGUAAUUUUAUCAUUAUUUUUCCUCAAGGCUGGAUAAGUAGGUUGCUUGCAGUGAAGCAGUUAGUGGCUAUGGAUUAGGAAGCUGAUUGAGGAUGAAGGUGUAGCAUGUGAGCUUUGGGAUUUAGAUUUGGGACUUUCUGGCACACCAUUCAUGUUCUUGCAAUAUACACAUAGAUUCAGACACUAAAUUGUGGCAGUAAGGCUCAAGUAAGCCGCAAAAAUAGAGUCUGACACACAUUCACAAAUCCACCCUCUCACUUCUCUCUCUAUCACGCAUAUACACUUCUGGCAGGGAAUUUCCAUACUCGGCUCCACUCGGUUCCCCACCUGCACUCGCACCUUUUCCCAGUCAGAACUUGCAACUGCAAUCCUCCAGAUGCCUCACACUGCCAUCACGAGGCAGUAAAGCUGCCAACAGCGUCGCUCCUUGUUUUGGGACCUUUCUCUCACCUCCUCCCAUCCUUUUCCUCAUCUGCCUAUCAUCACCAGGCGCAACUUGACCCUCCAUGCCAAGGAUAUAGGCAUGCCACUGGGAUCGUCACUGCUUUCCCACUAUCACUAGACUCACACAAGUGCACAGAAAAGAAGACUGUGAAAGUGAGUAAGGGAGAGGGAGUAAGAGAGGGGCCAAAAGGAGGAGAGAGAGAACACGAAGGAGGGGAGACGGAGAAGGGGACAGAAGAGACGUGCAGUGGAAGAAUGAAUUGCUCGAGGUCAGGCUCGGAUGCAUCCAACCAGUGCAGGCUGUAGGUGGCUGAAAUGGCCAUGGCCCGGGGGCGUUUGAGUCCCUCUCUCCAGCUCCUCCUGUUCCUCCUCCUGUUGCUCAGUGCCAUGCCGCAUUGCCAUGGCCGUCCAUUCUUUGGCCCACCUACAGUUAAUGUGGCAGUUGUAUUCAGUGGCUCUACUCACCAGGGUGAGAUAAAGGGUCGUUUGAGCCGGGAGAACUUCCUGGACCUGCCUCUGGAUGUCAAUCCCAUCACCGUGCUGGUGAACGAUACCAACCCUAGUGCAUUGCUGACACGCCUCUGUCUGACUAUGGCCACUGAGAGCCUCCAUGGUGUAGUUUUUGAGGACGAUGUCGAUUCAGAGGCUGUGGCUCAGAUCCUAGACUUCAUCUCUUCACAGACUUCCAUUCCUAUAGUAGGCAUCAACGGAGGCUCUGCCCUGGUCAUUCCUCACAAGGCUGAUGGUUCUGCCUUCCUCCAGAUGGGUGUGUCCAUCGAGCAGCAGAUCAACGUUAUGUUCAAAGUGCUUGAGGAAUACAACUGGAGCAGCUUUGUUGUGAUCACCAGCCUGUGUCCAGGCUAUGAAGACUUUGUGGACUACAUUCACUCUUUCACAGACACCAGUUACUUCCUGUGGGAGCUACAGGAGGUGCUAAGCUUUGAGAUGUCAGUGGGUGCCAAUGACAUCCGUUCACGCAGACUGCUUCAGCAGGUGGAUGCUCAGGUGUAUCUAGUGUACUGUUCACACGAGGAGGCUCAGUAUCUGUUCAGUAUGGCGUCUGAUGUUGGGCUCUUGGGGCCUGGCUAUGUUUGGGUCAUCCCCAGCCUGGCAGUUGGAAACCUGGAGGCCACACCACCUGACAGCUUCCCUAUUGGAGUCAUCAGCAUCAUUUCAGACCGUUGGAGGAAAACACUGCGUCAGAGGGUGCGGGAAGGUGUGGCCGUGGUGGUGAAAGGGGUGUACAGUUACCACAAGCACAGAGGAUAUGUUCCUGAGGGGCAUAAUACCUGCAACAGUUCAUCAAAAUCCAAUGGCAGUAACUCAGUUUUUAGACAUAUGCUGAAUGUGACUUGGGACCACAGAGACCUCUCCUUCAGUGAAGACGGCUAUCUCAUGAACCCCUCCAUGGUGAUCAUUGCUUUGGAUCGGGAGAGACACUGGGACAGGGUGGGGACCUAUGAAAGGGGGAUUCUGCACAUGCGCUAUCCGGUGUGGCCACGCUACAGUAAUUAUAAUGAGCUUGUGUCUGAUAAUCGUCACCUGACCGUGGCCACGUUGGAGGAGCGGCCCUUUGUCAUCGUGGAGAGCGUGGACCCUGCCACUGGCACUUGUGUGAGAAACACUGUGCCAUGCCGCCGUCAAACCAACAGGACAGAAGUCAUGUUUGGGCACCCAGAACCUUACACCAAGCUGUGCUGCAAAGGCUUCUGCAUUGAUAUCCUGAAGAAACUCUCACGCACCAUCAAGUUCUCCUACGACCUCUACCUGGUCACAAAUGGUAAACAUGGAAAGCUGGUCCGAGGCAUCUGGAAUGGGAUGAUUGGAGAGGUCGUCUACAAGCGUGCAGAUAUGGCCAUUGGCUCACUCACUAUUAAUGAAGAGCGUUCUGAGAUCAUUGACUUUUCAGUGCCAUUCGUGGAGACUGGGAUUAGUGUCAUGGUGGCCAGGAGCAAUGGCACUGUCUCCCCAUCUGCCUUUCUAGAGCCUUACAGUCCAGCAGUGUGGGUCAUGAUGUUUGUGAUGUGUCUGACUGUCGUGGCUGUCACAGUGUUUGUCUUUGAGUACUUCAGCCCUGUCGGGUACAACCGCAGCCUCGUCAGUGCCAAAGCCCCUGGGGGACCUACCUUCACUAUAGGGAAGUCAGUGUGGCUCCUGUGGGGGAUUGUCUUCAAUAACUCUGUCCCUAUAGAAAAUCCUAAAGGCACCACAAGCAAGAUUAUGGUCUUGGUGUGGGCCUUCUUUGCUGUCAUCUUCCUAGCCAGCUAUACUGCUAAUUUAGCUGCCUUCAUGAUCCAAGAGCAGUAUAUUGACACAGUCUCUGGACUCAGUGACAAAAAGUUCCAAAAGCCACAGGAGCAUUACCCGCCUUUUCGCUUCGGCACAGUCCCAAACGGCAGCACUGAGAGAAACAUUCGCAGCAAUUACCCUGACAUGCACACCCACAUGAUGAAAUACAACCAGAAAGGAGUGGAGGAGGCACUCAACAGCCUCAAAACAGGGAAACUGGAUGCCUUCAUAUAUGAUGCUGCAGUGCUUAAUUACAUGGCUGGCAAGGACGAGGGCUGCAAGCUGGUGACCAUUGGCAGUGGGAAGGUGUUUGCAACUACAGGCUAUGGCAUAGCUCUACAGAAGGACUCCCGCUGGAAGCGCCCCAUAGACCUGGCCCUUCUCCAGUUCCUGGGAGACGGGGACACACAGAGACUGGAGACUGUGUGGCUGUCUGGUAUAUGCCAGAAUGAGAAGAAUGAGGUGAUGAGUUCCAAGUUGGACAUAGACAACAUGGCGGGCGUCUUCUACAUGUUGCUGGUGGCGAUGGGCCUAAGUCUGCUUGUCUUUGCCUGGGAACAUCUGUUAUACUGGAAAUUCAGACAUUAUGUACACAAAUCUGAGCGCUUGGACUUCCUCUUGGCCAUAAGCAGGGGCAUAUACAGUUGCUUUAAUGGUGUUGAGGAUGUAGGAAGAUCUGGCAACAUGCAGAACCCUGAUAUCACUACCAACUAUGCCCAGGCCAACAUGCUGAAAAUGCUUCAGACUGCCAAAGACAUUGUCUCCUCAGCAAAGGUAGAAAGUUCUCUAGACAAUGCCACAAAAACCAUUGAGAACUGGAGUCGGCAAGGGGGGACUCUGCCAGCACGCAUACCGCAAGUGGCCACCACUGAGACGGUGGUGCCUGCUCACCUCUCCUACAUUACUAACAUCACAGAAAACCACUCAUCCCAUGUGCCACGCUCCUUAACACCCCCUUUCACACAGCAUUACACCAACGCUGCAAGCCCACCCCAUGUACCCAAUAACAGACUGUUAACACGGCCCACUCCACUACGCUACACCCUCCCUUCCCGGUCUGGUGGCCUGUAUAAUGGGAUGCUCCCAGUAUCUAGUAUCAGCACUCCUCAUUUAGCCAUGCAUGACCCCCAUUCCCAAAAGUCAGCAUCCCUAUUUGUACCCUAUAGAGAUCUACAGAUGCCAGAUAUCUAUGCUGAGCAUCAAGAACCUUGCCGCACCUCUGAUGGCCUUCAGAAAAGGAAAAAGAGAUCCCGUAGUGCGCUAGUAGAAUCCAUGGAUCUUAGAGGGUUACAUGAUUACAAAGACCAGACAGUUUGUCUUGCAGAACUCAGAGCAGGCCACUUUGCACAUGACAAUAUUCCCGCUGCAUCUGUGGAAAGCCCUUAUAGACCAGAAGAUCCUACCUGCAAUUCUUGCAUUAAAACAUAUGUGGAUCCAGUGCUGGAUGAUGUGCCUCUAAUAGGGAAGAGGAAGCUCCAUCGCAGGCCAUCGUUCCUCAAAGCUACCUGGGGCCCUGACAGGGUUCAGUUUCCAGGUGACAGGCCCCUUCCUCCAGCAUCGUCCCGACCUGACAUACCAGACCUGUUCCCUUGCAUGGAAGUAUGUGGAAGAGUAAGGAAUAACCUGUGUUACCCCUUGCCUGUGGACCACAGUUACCUUCACCCAUUCCGCCGUCAUCCGAGAAAGGGUCAGAAGCUGAGGCACACCCAGUCCACCAGGCUGCCCUCUUACAGAGAGGCAGUUCUUCACAAUGCCGCAGCUGUGAGGAGGGCCACCAGCCUAGUGCACAGACAAUACUCCUACCCUGACCUGCCAGUUUACCAGAGUACACUGCCAUAUGGACCAGCCGAGCUCUGUAACAUCUUCCCCUGCAUGGCACCCCCCAGUGACAGUGUAUAUGGGGCGUACAGAGCUCCUGGACAUCUACAGGAUGACCAUCUGCUGCCUGUUCCAGCCAGCAGGGUGGUUCACAGGGUCAGCAGCCCAGGUGUACCUCUGACAUGGGGCAGGAUCUCCAGCCUGGAGUCAGAGGUUUGAGACCUCACUUUCGUGUGCCAUUUCCACACAGCUGUCUGCAGUGCCAAGCUCUGUCGUUGAACUCCUAGCAACCAGUUAAAAGACUCUGCCUUUCAUUCUUGCAAAAAGAAAACACAAAAACCUAGAAACUCACUUUGCGCUUUCUUUUAUUCAUGUAAGUGCAAUAAUGCCAAGAUUGCAGGUGGUUGAGGAGGAUAUGUCAGCAAAUUCAUGGCACAUGAGUAGAUAAUAUUUUCUCUUGGGUUGAGUCAUAAUAUUUAUUCUUCUGUCAAUGAAUCAAAAGAAUGAUGGAGUGGUUCAGAAUGGAUUGAUUCAAGAGGUGGUGGGGUUCAGGUAGAUAAAAAUAUAUAAAAUGUUGUUCCUGUUAUUUUAGGUAAAUUUGGUAUUGCUUCAUGUAAUCCUCUAUAAUAAUGAAUUUUGUAAACACUUAAGACACUUUGUCAUUUUUUUAAGUGCAAGGCUUGAUGGCUUUGGGCUUUUCAGGUGUUCUCUCUCUCUCUCCCUCUCUAUCUCUUUCUCUUUCUCUCUGUAAGUGGGAUUUUGAAUAAGAGCAAAUUGAAUGGUAUUCUAUUAUUAGUAUUGCCAAGUACCUCCAACACUUUAAUAAAUCACAAAGGCCUCUCAAUAGGUCCCAUGGAAUUGGUGUCUUUUUUAAAGGGGGUAACUAAGAAAGUAAUCUGAAAACUGCCUUCUAUAUUCAGUACCACAGUAUAUUUUAGAUAUUGUGUUUAAAACUAAUUUUAUGUGAGACUGCCUAUUAUUCUAAAUGAUUAAA